GCUCGGCCGCUGACUUGUGCUUAGUCAAGGACUUCGACAUUUCUGCUAAGGCUGCUGAUUAAUCUCGCAUAGGAAAGGAGCUGUCUACAAAUCUGUCGCUGACUCACGCGACGAAGCCACUUCAUGCUAAGUUAACAUCUGACGUGCAUCAGUUUCUCUGAAUGUUGGAGGAUUUGAACGUCGAGCUACGGGAAGAUGGUGUGAUGAAUGGGCAUUGUGAAGAUUUGGCUAAAGAUGACCCGGUCACGCCCCCUUAUUCUCCGGGUACCAGUUACUGGAGUGUCACAGAGGGUCCGGACACUCCCCUCCUGCUCUCCCCCAUGCCCGGGCCAUCCCAACGCAAGCAGGUACAAUCGCGGUCCGAGAGGGCUUCGCGGCCUGGGCUUAGUCGCAUCCCCGGGCGAGACCACCGGCGCUACUACCAUGAAUACUGGCGCAGCGAGUACCUGAUGGAUUUUGACCCGCGACGGCAUGGCAUGAUCUGCAUGGUUUGCGGCAGCUCGCUGGCCACGCUCAAGCUCAGCACCAUCAAGAGGCACAUCCGACAGAAACACCCCGACUCGCUACUGUGGAGCACGGCCGACAAGGAGGUUAUCCGCUCGGGCUGGGAGAGUCACCUGGGUCUGGAGGGCAGCCGACAGCCCCGCAGCGCCAGUGGGGAUGAGGGCCCAGAGGAGGUGCUGGACUGUGCGCGGCGCUCCACAGGGAAGCCAGGAAACAGCACAUCUCACCUGCGGUCUCCAUCAGGCAGCAGCUCAGCCACCCCCCCUCCGUGCUUGGAGGGAAAGGAGGCUGCAGACCCCCCUGUCCACACUCUGGAGCGCUAUCUCAAUGACUCCCUCCACGCCUGGUUCCGGCAGGAGUUUCUGAUGGAGUACGAGGCGGAGGCCGGAAGGCUGGUGUGCAUGGUGUGUGGCAGCCAGCUGCCCUCGCUGCACCUGGACCACAUCAAGAGCCACGUGCUGGACAUCCACCCCAACUCGUUGGUGUACAGUGCCGAGGAGAAGCACUGUAUCUUGCAGACCUGGGCCCAGAGGCACGAAACAAGCCCUGUAAGGCACGAAGAGUCUUUCAAAGCUGAAGCCAGUGCCGAGGAGGCCACUGGUGAGAUCUUCCUUCAGGACACAGCAAGUGGACUAGCUGGCUGUGGGAAGCGCAGAGAGAGCAGUAGCCGGACACUGGAUGUGAGCGAGACCCCAAAACGGAAAGCUACGCAACUUCGCCUCCGGAAUAGGCUCCCACGGGACAGCUCGGCACGGGUCUGGCGCAUGGACUACUUGGUGGCUUACGGCCCUGACGGCCGCGGCGCCAUCUGCAUGGUGUGCUCCCAGACCUUGCCGACCACGCGGGUCGGCAGGUUCCGCCGACACAUUCAGGACUGCCACCCGGAGACCGCCAACCUGAGCCGCCGGGAGCGGGAAGCAUUAGCGCAAGCUUGGGCCAAAGAGACAGCAGCCACUGCCAGAGGCACAGCACUACAAGAGAAAGAAGAAGCUGCGCUGUGCGUCCCUCCCGACCCCGAAGGGGCUGCGCCUGGUAAGAAGGGCAAACCCACAUCCCCAGCCAGAACUGCAGGACCAUGCAGUGGCAAGAUAGAGGCGGCGGGUGCCGGGCAGGGUCCCGGGGGCACACCGAAGGAAGGCACGCCCGGCCGACACGGCCACUAUCCGGGCAAGGACCAGCGGCGCAACUACCAGGUGCGCUGGCGCAUGGAGUACCUGAUGGACUACGACUGCCGGCGGCACGGCCUCAUCUGCAUGGUGUGUGGGGCGGCGCUGGCCACUCUUAAAGUGAGCACUAUUAAGAGGCACAUCCAGCAGGUGCAUCCCCACUCCAUGGAGUUUGGCCCAGAGGAGCGGCAGCAGGCCCUUCUCAGCUACAAUCAGACCGCCCUGCACUUUGUCCACUCUGAGGACUGCUUCUCUGCCCUGGACCACGGCAGCAUGGGGCAACCCGUGCCGACUGGGCAACUUGGGCAGCCUGCCCUCUUUGCCUCUUAGUUGAGGUGACUCCUGUUGGGCCGCAGCUGUCAGUGGAAAACAUGGCUGACAGGGCCAGGACAGGCCUGUCUCCGCCAUCACGGGGGACAUGCGGAGGUCCCCCUUGACCGGAAUACUAUAACAGUGCAGCAUAAGCCGAUUUAUGGCUCAUAAAGGUCUGGUUGUCGAAUGAUGAGAGAAUGGUCAUAGAAGAGGCAACCACCGGCGUUUGAGCUGCAUUACAUGAAGGAUUUUUUUUAUUUUAUUAUUUUUUUUUAAAUCUCCAGAGAUGGUUUCUUAUUCAUGCUUCUUAUGUUGGGAAGUGCGCAAUUGCUGCUAUCCACCCACCUUGCCCAGGAUCAGACUUCCCACGCUGCACUGCAAUGCGGAAAAGGCCUGAAUAACAUCUAUUCUUCCUCCUGCCUUCCUGAGACAGACUUGGUGAUAAAGCAGAGUGCUUCACAGCCCCCCUUUAAGGACAAACCUAUCAGUUGCCAUCAAUUAAUCAGUUGUGGCUUCUCAGGAUCAGUGAAAUUGGUUCGAUCUCUGUGUGAACUCUGUGGUUGAAUUUAUUCUAUCGUUUAUAUGUACACAUACAUGAUUAAGAGACGUGUUUAUGGAAUCCAGCCUUACGGGAAGGCAGUGUGUUUUUUUUUUUUUAAAUCCCCACAGUAUACUGACAUGUCACAAAAUGUCAUUUUGCAUGAAAGUAAAUAAAUUAUUUAGACAUCUGGGGUGUCUGCCAGAGCAUUAUAUCACAUUACAUCAUAGGCCCAUUGUCAGAGUUUUGAGAAUUCCAGGAUGGACACUGUUCCUGGUUAGAAGUAGUUAACAGAAUUCAUCAUGAGUGACGGACAGUUUCUCAUUUUAAGUCUCCCAGCCAGAAAUAGUUUUAUGGUCUGUACUCACUGAACCUUAUGACACCAAGUUUUUUUUUGACAAAGACAUGUUGGAAGUAUAACCAACAAGCAGGCUUUUCCAGAUCUGAACAUCCUGAAAUAAUUGGCUUUAAUAACCAGAGUUAAACAAUUUUGUUGAAGCACUUAAAAUGAGUAAAACUACACACUUUUGGCAUGUAUAAUUAAUUUGUUCUGAACAAACAUUACAUACUGAUUAGAAUUGUGUUUAUAUGGUGUUUAACAGAUGUAAGAAUAUAUUUUAUUAUUGCAAACAAUUUUAGCACAAAAAGUAGAAUAGAGGAAAAAUAUUUGAGACAAAGUUGGAGAGGUUUAAUUUUUUUAAUUUAUUUAUUUUCAGGUAUCUGAUCCUAAAUUGCUUUAAAAUUUUCAAAACGUGCAUCACAGCUACAUUCAGAUGUACAGAAAAUACAAUGAGAUGUGUUUGAAGGAGGAAUGGACCUUUGCUGUAUUCAUAAUUUUUUUUCCCCAUUUAUUACCUGCUAUUGUAUUUUUUGUAUACACUUUUUAAAACAAUCUUGUAUUAAAAAGGACUUCAGCAGUAA